AUGCAGACGGAUGGGGCGGGAGCCGGGCCGGGCGGGGUGCAGCCCCUCGGGCCGGCCCGGCUCUAUGGCGGUUCCCCGCCGCGGAGACCCCCGGGCGAGGGGCGGCCGUGCCCCCAGCGCUGCCCGGCCUUGGGGCAGGAGGGAGGGGAGCGGGCACCGGGCGGACGCUGCCGUGCGGUGUCCCGGCACUGCGGGAUGUCCCGGGAUUGCGGGGUGCCCAUGGAUUGCGGGGUGCCCAUGGAUUGCGGGGUGCCCCCUGUGAAAUCGCGGAGUGCCGCGGGACUGGGGCUGUGCCGCGCUGGCUCUCAGCGCUGCUGGGGCUGGGGUGCGUUUGCAGCUCUUUGGGGACGGCUGGCUGGUCCCGCACUCCCCGGGGCCGGGCCGGGCUCACCCCGCGCAGCCCCGGCGUGUCCCGGGCUGGGGCUGCCCCGGCCGCUCCCUGCGAACCUGCCGCGGCCCCGCCCGCUGCCCUUCCUCGGGAGGAGGAGGAGGAGGAAGAAGAGGAGGAGGAGGAGGAGGUGGCAGCGGAGCAGGAACGGCGCUGGAAGCAGCGAGAGCGGGACAGCUCCGACGGGACGUGUCCCCCGGCAGGAACCGGCUGUGCCCCCGGCAGGAAUAGGUUGUUCCCACAAGCCGCCCCCUCUCCCCCGGCUGUCGGACUCAUCCCUGAUGCCGGGGAAGCUGAGGCGCAGCAGGCGGGAGGUGCUGGGGGAGAAGCAGUGGCGGAGCGCGGAGGAGAAGGGAAGUGCCCAGCGGGAGCAGCCCAAGCUCACCAGAUCCAGGACCUAUGAGUCCUCCUGCAAGGAGCCGGAGCAGGCGGCUGAGGGCAGGCAGGGACCCCCAUCCCCCUCGCUGAGCAAGCAGGACAGCAGCUACCGCCGGGCCUUCGGGGAGCUCGCCGAGCAGGACGUGCUGCUGGGCUGCUUCUCCUGCGCCUGGCAGAGAGAAAUGCCCUACCACGGCCGCCUCUACGUGUCCUCCCGCCACAUCUGCUUCCACUCCAACCUUCUGCUCAAGGACAUCAAGGCCGUGGUCCCUGUCGCCUCCAUCUCAGCCCUCAAAAAGACCAACACGGCGCUGCUGGUGCCCAACGCAAUCAGCAUCCGCACGGACAAGGGGGAGAAGUUCCUGUUUGUGUCGGUGCGCCAGCGAGAAGCCACGUACCAGCUCCUGAGGUCGGUGUGCAAACACCUGCAGGGCAGCGGCCAGAGCCCUCGAGACUCAGUGAGCUCCGAGGAAACCCUUGGGAAGUCUCAGAUCUCGAGCCAGUCAGCCCUGGAGCAGAGCACCCCGGAGCCCAAGAGCCUCCCCGGAUCCCUGGAUGAGCCCAACCCGAGAUCAAGGCAGGCAGAGGAUGAGGAUGGCGAGGUGGCCCUGCUGAUUCCCAGAUGGGUGCCUGCAGCAGAGAAACGUGGCCUCUGGGGGAGAGCCCACGCCGUGCUCUGGGCCUGGGUCACUGCACUUUGGUCCCGGAUAAACCCCCAGCUGAGCUCUCUCAACAUCAUCAUCACCAUCUACCUGCUGCUCAUGGUGGCCUUGCUGCUGUCCUCGGGGUACAUCGGGCUGCGCAUCGCGGAGCUGGAGCAGCAGCUGUCCUUCGCGGAGGCCGGCCCGCGCCUCAACCUGUCACCGCAGUACAAGAGAACGUGAGGCCACUGAGGACCAUCAGCAGUGCUCCAGCCAGGCUCAGGGGCUGCUCUGAGCCCGUCCUUGGCCUCUCAGGGUGGCUCUGUCACCAAGUGCCUUCCAGCUCCCCACGAUGCCUGGGGAGCCCAUGGGCUGAGAGGCUCCAUCUCCCUGUCUGCCCACCCUGAGCAGCAGCAGAAGAGACCCAGGGAGCUCCUGGCAGGGCAGGGAGCAGGGAAGGGGGGCUGGAGUCAGCAGCAACCCCCAGCCAGCCCUCCCUGCCCAGAGGGAGAGAGGGUCAAGCCCCAGGCAAGGCAGGGGCACAGAGAACAGAAUAUUUUGUUAAUAAAGAUUAAUAAAAAUCU